AGGAUUUCCUUCCAUUAGAAGAAAAGUGCAGUAAAGAAGGUGGCGUAAACUGAUGGUCUGUGGGCGGUGCUAACCUUCUCUUACUGACUGUCCCCUUCGACACAAAAAGACCAACCGUGUCUGGGUAUUUGGUUUAAGAGGGAAAUUACAGGUCAUUCUGGUCGUGGGUGUGUGAAAUGACGCAGUCCCCUAUUUACAUAUAAAUCGGUAUAAAUAUCAGGUGACUCCAACAUAGUGAACUUUCGAUUCGCGAAAUCAACAUGCCUGAUCCAGCCAAGCCUGCCCCGAAGAAGGGCUCUAAGAAAGCCGUGACAAAGACCGCCGGUAAGGGUGGCAAGAAGCGCAGAAAGACCAGGAAGGAAAGCUACGCCAUCUACGUGUACAAAGUUCUGAAGCAGGUCCAUCCUGAUACUGGUAUCUCUUCCAAGGCCAUGGGCAUUAUGAACUCCUUCGUAAACGACAUCUUCGAGCGCAUCGCUGGAGAGGCCUCUCGUUUGGCUCACUACAACAAGCGUUCCACCAUCUCUUCCAGGGAGAUCCAGACCGCAGUUCGCCUGCUUCUGCCUGGUGAGCUGGCCAAGCACGCUGUGUCCGAGGGAACCAAGGCUGUCACCAAAUACACCAGCUCCAAAUAAAGCCACAUUUUCAACGCGCUUCAAUCCAACGGCUCUUUUAAGAGCCACCCA